UGGAGGGUAGAGGAAUUAUUGAGGUAUGGCUGCAAAUGGAGGUCAAGAUAUAAUUACACUAACAACUGACAAGCUUUCUGCUGAUGCUGUUUCUGAAUCUGUAAAGUGUGCCUCCUGUGGAGCUAUUUCUCUGUUUAUUGGGACUACCAGAGAUAAUUUUGAGGGCAAGAAUGUAACACGGCUUGAAUAUGAAGCGUACAUUCCAAUGGCAGAAUCAGAACUGAAGAAAAUCUGCAGUGACAUCAGGACAAAAUGGCCAAGUGUCAGGCAUAUCAGCAUACAACACAGACUUGGUGUGGUUCCUAUAACAGAAGCGAGUGUUAUAAUCGGGAUUUCAUCACCACAUAGAAGUGAUUCUCUGGAGGCGGUUAAGUUCAGUAUCGACACGCUCAAAGCUACAGUGCCAAUCUGGAAAAAGGAAAUAUAUGAGUCUGGAGAGCCUUGUUGGAAAGAGAACAAGGAGUGUUUGUGGGCAGAUGAUGGAAGAGAUCCCAGGGAAUGUUGAACAGUUAACUGGCAAAUGAGUUACAGAAAUUCUCAUGGUGUAAUCUAUGCAAUACAUUAACAGCACUCAAAGCAUCAACAAGUAUUUUUACUGAACAAAAUACAGAGUUCAGUCACAGAUUUCUUUGUAACAUUCUAAUGAAAAAUAAAGCUUGUGAUCAAACCAGUUCAGUCUGCUCUUCUCUUAAAGAACAGAACGUAUUAAAAAGGCACCCGUGUAAAACAGCAUGUAAACAUUUAAAAAUCGAACUCUUAGGGAAUGUUCAGACCAAACGCAUUUGUUGUGCAAAAAGAUCAAAUAAAAAAAUACACAAAACAACAAAAAGAACAGAACACAGGUGUCUUAAGCCACAUUUUUAAAAAGAGAAAGUUCUUUCAAGUUAACAUGGCAUCUUAAAAAUGCAGCACUCCUGAAAACAAAAAAAGUGCUGGUGCAUGAGAAAAUGCAUUAAAUGACUUUGUUCCCAAAGUGCCCCAAAACACCUUCAUAUCACCAUCAGAAGCUAAACACUCAAUGCAUGGGUCUUAUAUCGACUUAUUUGAUAACACUUUCUAUUAGCAUUCAUGAACAAGUCACUAACAAAAAAUAAUGCAUUCAUAAAUCUAUAAGAAAGCGAAGUUUGAUGAAAUUUCAAACUAUUUGACUAAAUGAGCAAAGUAUUUUGCGAACAUCUUGUCUGUCUGAGAUUGCAUAUAGAGACAGAAGCAGUUGAGCCUAAAUAGGAGAAUUGGGGCUGUUUUAAAUGCAAAGGUGUCCACACUGAAUAUUGAUUUAGCUUUUUUAUGUUUACUGGACUUUGUAGGACAUUAAGUGAUAAAUGAAAACUAUUUAUGUCAUUAUUUUUGAAGACAUUCACUCUAUGCAACAUUUUUCGAAAGUGCCUAAAACUUUUGCACAGUACUGCAUUAUUUAUAUAUAUAUAUAUAUAUAUAUAUAUAUAUAUAUAUAUAUAUAUAUAUAUAUACUGUACGCUUAAUUUUUGGGCGUGGGCUCUAUGCAACGCAAUACAUUUUUUAUUUCCUUAGGCCUGUUUAAAUCUGAGAAGUUAACUAAAAAAGUGCAGUGCACUUAAUUUACAUUUCAAAUUCAAUGGUUAAUUUCCCCAGUAUCAUUUUUGGGUGUUACUUUUCUCAGCGCUGGUCAGAAUGGACCACUCACAAUCAUUUAUUAUUGCAGGAUGACAAUUUUUUAAAUUUAUUUUAUAGAAAUUGCUGGGACUUCCACCCACAGGUGUGAAUCCUUGAAAUGAUCUUUUUUUAUAGUUACUUUCUAUUGUACUCUCGUCUCCAAUUAGACAUAAAACAUCCCGAGAUUUGAGUGUGGAUCAGCGGAGGAUUAGUUAUUCGGAGCCAUCAAGCGUUCCUUUGAGAACUAUUGUGUGUCAUCGGAAACCAUGUAUGACAACAUUUGCAAUUUCAAUCUGAUCUUCACCCAAAGCUAUCGUAUGGUUUUAGAAUACUAAAAUAUGACAUACGGGUUACUUCAAUAGUGCUUGGAGCAAACAGUCCCAGUUAUUCAUUAUUGUUGGAAGAAUCAGCUUGAACAUUUAGCUACAGUAUGUCUCCAUUUGUAUUCCAUGGUUUCUAAUGCCCAAUGGGCACUAAUGAGCCUUAAUCCGGCCCUGCAUCUAAAAUAAAUCGUCAAAUGUUUUCAAAUUAGUUCAUCUUUAGCCAGUGACUCGGACCUGACCUCAUAGGUACAGUUACUAUGUCCUCAUAUGCCAAUAUGUGACACAAAAGACUGUCUUUUUGGCUGGACAUUAUUCACACAAAAGUCCAAAAAUGAGUGGAAUAUUAACUACACUGGAGAUGGGUGGAGGUGGUAUUGCUAUGCAACAGUGCCAUUUUUUUACAUUUGAAGUUCCUAAUACAGUGUAAAGUCAACCAAAGAAGAUAACUGUUCAGAAUACCAAUAUACCAUGAACUUGUGCUUUCUUGAGCUAACCAGAUCAAACAAACCAGUACCUAAUUUGCCCUAGUUCAUGAAAACCUAUUAUCUCUUUUUAGCCCUUUAUCCUUUAUGGCCUUUGAUGUGAUGAAAAGAAGCAAUGAACCAGAGGUUGCCAAAGAA